AUGAUAUUCUGCUCUAAUGAUGCCCGUCAUAAGCCUAGCAGCUGUUUGUCGGACUCGAAGAAGAUUGCCUCCGAAGCAACGUCAUCAAGAAUGUUCCGCGACCACACAACUUCCGGCUUACUUAAUCAUCACAUAAUCUCGCGUGCCGCCUCGUGGAGAAAGCCUCUUUUAGUCGAUCCGCCCAAUUAUAACUCCAACAGCCCUGGAGCUGUAAGUACCGUUUUCUUGCCUCCGCAGCUGCCGCCCCGUCGUAGGGCUCAGGCUUGCGCAGCCGCAGCUACCGCCACUGUCACUUCCGUCGGUUCUGCUACUCCUGACCUCUUCCUGCGCCAGAUCUCUGGCCAAUUGAGUCCCGGAUCACAAGCCCGUCACGCAGAGGAUGCCUCUCUUUCCUUGCCCUCGACUACGAUGGCUUCAUCAAUUGACAGCCCUUCAAUUGCUGAGGCUCAAGUCAAACACGUUCUCUCCUUGAGUGGCGGAUCUGUUGGCCCGAAUUGCUAUUCAAAAGGACCCAUCACCGCUGAAAACAUCUCCUCCUUCUUCGCUUUUAACAAUGGUACCAAGCGCAGCAUUAGCUCGCGACAUGUCGCGUCUGAUGAUUUGGUAGAUUCACCCCCGACUUCGCAUGUAUGCACUUCUGUUGGGAAUCAAAUUCAGCAGACAGCAUCAAAAGAGACAGACAGGCCUAUCAACCAUACCACGUCAAAGGUUGCUGAAUCGUCCCUCGUAACGACACCUUUGUCGGCCUCCCUUCUGGGUCAUCAGCGUCAACAGCUUAUAGCCUUCUUGCAACCGACUUCCGUGGUUUCAGCAACCAAAGCUUCACAGUAUGCUGCACCGUCAGUAGCAUCGACGAGUUCCUCUUCACUAUCAUCAAAAUCGACUCCUUCAGCUGAUGCAAUCCUGCAUGGCAUACGACCUCGAGAGAAGGCGGCUGCUGGUGGGGCUGCCACCGACAAAGGCGAAUUGUCGUCACCACCAUCACCGCCAAUUCCGUUGCCAAGGCGGACAUUGGUGCACGGAAAAGCCGUUUUUGGUUGCGAUCGGCCGGCUGAGCUGGCCAGACGUACGGUGGAAGAGUUGACCAGGCGGCAGAAGCAGGUGAGUAGAGGAUAG